AGUCUACUUUGAUGGUUGAUGAAAGUUUUGAUUCUUCUCCAAAGAAAUCGAAGUUUUGAGGGGUUUUCUGCAGACUUUGGUGUGAUAAGGGAAUUAGAUUGUUAACUUAAGAAAAAGAAGGGUGUUUGUAAAAGUUUUAUGUAAAAAAGACCAUCAUGCAUAUGUACGCACUGACCCUUCAACGUGCAUCUGCCAUCAACAAUACCAUAUAUGGCAAUUUCUCUGGUUCUAAGCAACAAGAAAUAGUUGUUUGCAGAGGAAAAUCCUUAGAGCUGCUGAGAACAGAUCCCAACACUGGCAAAGUAUUUCCUGUGCUUGCUAUUGAGAUGUUUGGUAUUGUUAGAGAUCUGAUUUCAUUCAGAUUAACUGGAGGAUCUAAAGAUUAUAUUGUAGUUGGUAGUGAUUCAGGGAGAAUUGUUAUUUUGGAAUACAUUCCAUCGAAGAAUGCAUUUGAAAAGAUUCACCAGGAAACGUUUGGUAAAAGUGGCUGUAGGAGAAUUGUUCCUGGUCAAUAUCUUGCUGUCGACCCAAAAGGAAGAGCAAUAAUGAUUGGUGCAAUUGAAAAACAAAAGUUGGUUUACAUAAUGAACAGAGACUCGUCAGCACGUCUUACGAUAUCCUCACCUCUUGAAGCACACAAGUCUCAUACGUUGGCCUUUGAUAUAGUUGGUGUUGAUGUGGGGUUUGAAAACCCAAUGUUUGCUUGUUUAGAGAUAGACUAUGAAGAAGCUGAUUCAGAUCCUACAGGAGAAGCAGCACAAACCACACAACAAACCCUUACUUUUUAUGAACUAGACUUGGGUCUCAACCACGUUGUGCGCAAGUACAGUGAACCAUUGGAGGAGCAUGGGAAUAUGCUGAUAGCAGUACCUGGUGGCAGUGAUGGUCCUAGUGGUGUUUUAGUAUGUUCUGAAAACUACCUGACAUACAAGAACUUUGGCGAUCAACCAGACAUAAGAAUGCCAAUUCCAAGAAGAAAGUAUGAUCUUGAUGACCCAGAGAGAGGCAUGAUUUUUGUAUGUAGUGCAACUCAUAAAACUAAGUCCAUGUUCUUCUUCCUGGUACAAACAGAACAAGGAGACAUAUUCAAAGUCACAAUGGAAGUCGAUGAGGAUAUGGUGACAGAAUUACGCAUGAAGUAUUUUGACACUGUUCCUGUGGCUACAAGCAUGUGUGUUCUCAAAACAGGUUUCCUGUUUACUGCUUCGGAGUUUGGAAACCAUUAUUUAUACCAGAUUGCUCACCUGGGAGAUGACGACGAUGAAGUAGAGUUUUCAAGCACUAUGGAACUUGAAGAGGGAACUACUUUCUUCUUCACCCCGCGUGGUCUCAAGAAUUUGGUCCUUGUUGAUGAACUUGAGAGUCUUGCACCAGUUAUGUCAUGUCAGAUUGCAGAUCUUGCUAAUGAAGACACCCCGCAGUUGUUUGCACUCUGUGGUAGAGGGCCAAGGUCAAGUCUACGUGUCUUGCGUCAUGGUCUUGAGGUGUCUGAGAUGGCUGUUUCAGAUUUGCCUGGUAAUCCAAAUGCUGUGUGGACAGUCAAACAUACCAGUGCUGAUGAGUUUGAUGCGUACAUCGUUGUGUCUUUCAUCAAUGCUACCUUGGUUCUCUCUAUCGGUGAAACAGUAGAGGAAGUGACUGACAGCGGAUUCCUUGGUACAACACCAACACUUUCAUGUUCACAGUUGGGAGAAGAUGCUCUAUUACAGAUCUACCCUGAUGGUAUUCGUCACAUCAGAGCUGACAAGAGAGUUAAYGAGUGGAAAACUCCAGGCAAGAAAAGCAUCGUCAAGUGCGCUGUCAAUCAAAGACAGGUUGUCAUAGCRUUAACUGGUGGUGAAGUUGUUUACUUCGAAAUGGAUCAAUCAGGACAGUUAAAUGAGUAUACUGAGCGUAAAGAAAUGUCGGCAGACGUGCAGUGUAUGGCGUUGGGACCAAUACCACACGGAGAACUCCGGUCSAGRUUYUUAGCUAUUGGACUUAGUGAUAACACWGUGAGAAUCAUCUCACUAGAUCCUCAGGAUUGUUUAACUCCACUAAGUAUGCAAGCCCUUCCAGCAAUGCCAGAGUCUCUGUGUAUUGUCGAGAUGGGUGGAGUUGAAGGUGAAGCUGAAGGCUCUAGUCUUGGUGGUCUGUUUUUAAGCAUUGGUUUGUCGAAUGGCGUACUCCUUAGGACUGUAGUUGACACUGUUACUGGAGACCUGUCAGAUACAAGAACAAGAUAUCUUGGAUCUAAGCCGGUYAAGCUAUUCAAAGUUCAGAUGCAUGGCAUGGACUCGGUCCUGGCAAUGUCAAGUCGUUCAUGGUUAAGUUACACUCACCAAAGUCGWGUCCAUUUGACUCCMUUGUCGUAUGAAUCACUGGAGUAUGCUUCGGGUUUUGCGUCUGAGCAGUGCCCUGAAGGGAUCGUCGCUAUAUCUUCCAACACUUUAAGAAUUCUUGCCUUAGAAAAGUUAGGUGCUGUCUUUAACCAAGUCGCCACCUCACUGAAGUUUACACCGCGUAAAUUCGUCAUCCAUUCCCCUAGCAACAACUUAGUUGUCAUAGAAACUGACCACAAUGCAUACACUGAUACAACAAAGGAAGAGAAGAAGCAACAGYUGGCUGAGGAAAUGGUAGAAAUGGCUGGUGACGAGGACAAGGAAAUGGCUGCGCAAAUGGCUGCCGAGUUUUUGAAUGAAGAAAUUUCAGAGCAACAGUUUGGUUCCGCCAAAGCAGGAAAUGGGAUGUGGGCAUCUGCUAUUAGAAUCCUCGAUCCUAUAAAGGGAGAAUCCACAGACGCGGUUCAACUCGAACAAAACGAAUGCGCUGUUAGUGUUUGCGUGUGCUCGUUCAACUCUCGUCCAGACGAGUCAUUCGUUAUCGUAGGCACUGCAAAAGACAUGACCCUCAACCCUCGCUCGUGUGCAGGAGGCUUUUUACACGCCUACAGGAUGGCCGAACAGGUUGAUGGGACAUAUAAACUAGAAUUUCAACACAAGACGGAAAUCGAUGAUAUACCCGGAGCAUUGGAACCCUUCCAGAAACUACCGAACUUUAUYGUGGAUAUAAGAUCGAUGGGUACACGUAUUGCAAUUGGUGAUAUUCAAGAUUCGGUUCAUUUCGUAAAAUAUAAAGCGAGAGACAAUCACUURAUCGUAUUCGCUGAUGACGUCAGUCCAAGGUGGAUUACGUGUUUAUCAUUUAUCGACUACAACACAGUAGCAAUCGCUGAUAAAUUUGGCAAUGUUUCUUUGGUGCGUCUUGCUCAAGGUUCAAGUGAUGACGUAGAAGAGGACCCUACGGGCAACAAAGCAUUYUGGGAUCGAGGUUUAUUAAACGGCGCUCAACAAAAGAUGGAAAAUAUUUGCAACUAUUACGUUGGUGAAACUGUGCUCUCACUACAGAAAGCUACGCUUAUUCCAGGGGGGUCCGAGUCCCUCGUAUACACAACGCUGUCAGGGGGAGUUGGCAUGCUCGUGCCUUUUGUUUCGCGAGAGGACAUAGAUUUCUUCCAGCAUCUYGAGAUGCAUCUACGCUCUGAACAUCCUUCUCUUGUCGGUCGGGAUCAUUUAUCGUUCAGAUCGUACUACUUCCCUGUAAAGAACGUUGUUGAUGGAGAUCUGUGUGAACAUUAUAACUCGCUCGAAUACUCAAAACGACGAGCCAUUGCCGAAGAACUUGAUCGAACUCCAGCCGAGGUUUCUAAAAAGCUUGAGGACAUCAGAACACGYUUUGCYUUCUAGACAGAAACACAACAAACCUGGCCUUUUCGAUCCUAUUUUUGUACAUCCUGGACGCGGCACUAUCUAAAUAUAAACMGCCUAUGAUCCUUCCACUUUCUUAUCUUUUCUUAUCGUAUUUAUAUAGUACUGACACURCUUUGAAUGAGUAGUUUCAUUCUUCCGCCGUGUGGCUGAUAAACUUGGUGGAGGUUAACGACAAGUGACCGCAAAAAAACAUAUAAAGAAUACAAAAAUAAUCAAUAUCAAGUGUACUAGAAAAAAAUGGCAGUAAUGACAUCAUUAGAUAGUAGAGUGGACGCACGAAGUCCGUGAAACAAUUAUGACUACWCACUUCUAAGUAGUUUUGAUUAGAGCGAAGUCUUUAAACCCGUGAAACAAAACUUGACUGUUUAAGUGUGAUAGUCAGCUAGACACAGCAGAAAGCAUUGCAAUUGUAGCGUACUAAGGUGUAGUUGUGUAAUAUCUUUUCGACUUCACUCUAUCAUUAUUUUGCACUUAUUUUGUGCRAUUUCUAUUUCACGGAUUAGGUGAGUUUACUGUAAUAACAGUAACUGUAUCCGCUGCAACAACAGAAACUCAAUGACGUCGAUAGGCAUACAGUGACGUUUGCAGGAGACCGGCUCUACAASUCCUUG